AUGAGCCUAAUAAGGAUCGGGCUGGCGCUGCUGCUCCUGGUGGCCACCACUGCUCAGAUGGUGUACCCGGUUCAGGGACGUCGGAAGCUGUGCGGCGAGGCGCUGAGCGAUGCCCUGGACCUUAUAUGUACCAACGGCUUCGCCAGUCGGGCUAAGCGGAGCACCGCGGUGCAGGACAGAGGGUUGGCCCUGAUCCGGAAGCUCCAGCCACAUCGGCCGGAAAUGGACAUGGACAUGGAAACGGAAACGGGAACGGACCGUCCAGCCACCGGAAGCUUACGCAAAUUGCGACGCCUGCGACGCCGCGUGGCCCACGCGUGCUGCAAGGAAGGCUGCACCUACGACGACAUUAUGGACUACUGUGCCUGA